AUGAUUGCUGCGUACGUCGAGACCGAUUUGCCCGACGGGGACUCUCCUGAGCUUGUGCUGGCCCAAGCCACGCCAAAGGAACGGAUUGAGUCCAUCAAGCUGAAUAGCACCGAAUGGAAGGGGCCCUUAGACCUCGAUUCGUAUCUUGCGCGCGAGGAGACCCUACUCCAGCAGAAAUUGACCAAGGGAGGCCUGAGCUGCUGGAUUCUGGUCGAUGGUCGUCAACCCGAAAAUGCGCGAACGAUCCUCAGUUCUUGUGAAACAUACAAGAAAAAGGCAAUCGUGGCCCGUGAUGGAAAGUUGGAAGAUGCGUCAGCUCACGGGGUCGGAAGCGUUUAUUGUCGGCCCGAGUUCAGAGGCAAGGGGUAUGCGAAGAGAAUGUUGGAGGAAUUGAGCAAAAAGAUCGAUACUUGGCAAGUGGAAUGCGAUACCAAACAGAAACCGCUCUUCAGUGUCUUGUUUUCCGAUAUCGGGAAGAGGUUCUAUGCUCAGUUUGGGUGGAAGCCUCAUCCAUCCUCACAUUUCGAACUCCCUCCACUCUCGAAGGCUGAAUACUCGUCUGCGGCGGCCCCGCUGCCGGCGAUAAGGACAUUGAGCCCUGCUGAUGUUGAUCGUUACAUCUGCAACCCCGACGUCAUCCAGAAAGAGAGGGAGACUCUGCGGGUUUCGUCACAGAGUUCUUCUGGCCCCAAGAUAGCAAUUGCACCGGAUUUUGACCACUUCUUAUGGCAUUGGGCCCGAGAAGAAUUCUAUGCCCAGAAACUCCACUCCAACAAAGGGAUCCCUGCCAUCAAGGGCGCGGGUAGUGACGAUACCAGAGUGUACUGUACCUGGAGUCGCACCUUUGGGGCUACCCCACAAGAAAACACCUUGUAUAUCCUCCGGUGGGUGUACAACGAGCCUUCGUCUCCGGCAGAAACUGAAGCAACGAUAAAGGCGAUGGCGGCCAUUCUGAGGCGAGCACAACUGGAGGCACACGAGUGGAAUAUGGCGCAUGUCACAUUCUGGAACCCGACCCCUCUUCUGCAAAGAGCGGUGGCCCUACUAGACCCGAAUGCUGAGGUGGUUCACCGCGAAAAGGAUAGCAUUGCAGCUCUCCGGUGGAGCGGAAACCCAGAACAGGAAGUGGAAUGGUUUUGCAACGAGAAGUACGCAUGGUGCUGA